AUGCCAGAUAUCAACAAAGACUUUCUGUGGCAUUUUUCUUCCCCUCCUCGAUACCGGCACAGUUUUGUCGCCCCUGCAAGUAAACCUUUGCCAGCUUUUGGUGGUCAGUCAUCACGAAAUGAUUCGCCAGUAAAAGUUCAGAAAAUAAAGAGGUCCUUCUCAGAAAUCAGACAACGGCCAGCGUUAUAUGACUACUGGACCAAAAAGUACAGUGGUGCUACAUUGUCGCAGUCUUUCCUGCAUAAAUGGAACAGCAAUGGUGACGACAAGCUACUUACCUACAACGAGGCUGAAAAAAAAAAAAUUCUUUGUAAUCCAUGGUACUCUGUAAAUAAUGAGGGGUUCAAGCAACAAAAAAGCCAAAGAUCCAGUCAUGAUUGUACGGCUCUGAUUGGACACAAUGGAGCCCAAGAGAAAAAGCGGAAAACUAUUUUAGAAAAACUCCGUUGGAGAGAUGAUAUAAAUGCCGUCAGGAGCAUCCCAUCACCGGAAACUGUUCCCUUAGUGUCAAAAAUAAAACAACCAUACAUUAAUUUGCCACAUCCAAACUCCCACAAACAAUUACCCCCUUAUGAUUGCGACAACUUUCGUGCUUCUACAAAUAGAAACCGAACUUGCGGUGUGAAAUCGCUGGAGUAUCGAGCAGCGUGCCGGUUACGCAGAGUUCCCUCUUUUUACCAAAAAACUACUUUCUCUACAAAUUCAUGCAAAUCAAACAACGAUCAAUAUUGUAAAAAUACGAAUAAAAUUUACAACUCUGAGCAGAAUGAAGCAGAAAAUAAUUCAGUAACUGAGAGCUAUCGUUUCUAUGAUUCAUUGCCGAUAUCUGUUUCUACAAGAUGUAUAAAUUCCUCUGAAGUGAAAAGUAGUGAUUCCGUCAACCAGAGUCAAUUUCCCGCUGGAACCGAGUGUUGGCCUGUGACAAUUAAGGUAAACUGUGGUAUCAAAAUUCCACGUAUUAGUCUGUCGGACCAUCUUGAACUUAAACCAAAAAAAAGAACUCACGACAGAGAAUUAGAAACGCCUUUUAAUUGUGAAAAUGAACGAUACAACUUUGGUGUGAAUAUACAUCAGAUUACCCAACAAACUUCGACGUCUGAAAAUCGACCGGAAGAAGAAGCAUUUCCUAAGCAACUGAGAAAAGCAAAUUUACAAGUGAAGCCGUUCGAAAUCACAGAAUUGACUAGUAAAGGCCGAAGUUUCGAUAAAGCGAUACAAGACGGCUUUAUUUUGCGUAUUGGUUCUGAGACGCAUCCUGAAGAUAAAAAAGUAAUAUCUCCGCGAUACGACAAUAAAGAAGCGAGAGAUGACCGCCUGAUCCAAGGAGAUGAUAUAAAACAAUUCUCUCCGACCAAUGGAGUAGUUAUUCGGCCCCGAAAGCAGGCUAAUGAUAAUCUUCCAAGAAAAUUAUUUGAGAGCAGUGAUAUGCCUCUCGUGAUGCCCCUUUCAAAAUCUAGAAGUUGGACUGCAGACAAGAAAGUACAAAGUGAUACGUUACCUGUAGAACAAACUAGUGAUAAAAAUCCGCUUAAAAGAAAUUAUUCUCUUUGUCGAAUAAGGCAUAGUCGUAGCUCCACCAACAAAUCAUCCUUACCGCCAAAUAUUGGAACGGAAGUUGGUGAGGAUAAAGGAGAAAAACAUGCCAGAAUACCAAAACGG